CCGCUUGGCGCCGCUUCACCGUAGCAGCGAUCGACGAAUGGACCGCAGCGCCAACAUCGUAGUGCACUUGAGCUGUGACGCCAAGCACACGGUCGUGCUGCCCAACGUUGCGACGACCAAGUCGGUGGCCUCGGUGCUGCACGAAGCCCUGUAUCACUACGCCCGCAGUAAUCGCGAUGCUGCCGCGCUCUCUGUCUCGGGCCUCUACGACAUGUACUCGGGCGAAAUGCUCGACCUCAGCGCGUCAUUGCACAGCGUCGCAACGUUCCACACAGCCACCAAGUGCAUGCGUCUCGGCGCUGUGCCGCACACGACCAACGACACCAGCGACAACAACAACAGUAAUAAGAGUCGCAGCUCGGACUCGCCCUUCGAGUCGUUUGUCAAGUCGAUCUUUUCGUCGUCGGACGACACACCUAGCCGUCCUGCCCAGUUGCCACCGCAAGCCGUCGCGGCGCCGUCGCUUGUCGAAUGCAUUGCACAGCUGCGCGCUGCAUCGAUCGACGAGCUCUGCACCGAGUGUGGCGUCGCGCCAGAGGCCGCCGUGGACCUCGUGCGACAGCUCCAAGAUUUUGCGAGCGGCGCGCGGGCGUUUGGCCUCCCAGACGUACACGCUGACGCGUCCUCCGCAAGCUCCACAGCGUCCGAAGACGACCCUCUUGACGCGGACGAUCAAGACGAUGAGGAUAAUUCGCUCGGCGAAGCACCAAUCUUGCUAGCAUAUGCACACGACUCGCCAGCGUUUCGCCGCGAGGUCGCCGCCAUCGACGCCGCGUGGCCUCGUCUGAUCACGGACUUUGGCCGAGUGGUCGCGGCGGCCAAAGCUGCUCUUGCGUCCAGCAAGUGCCACCUCGCGACGCUGCGCGAUUUGUACACGGAGCUCACGGCGCCGAUCGACGAGACAAGCUGCCUCCGGCACCUCGCGGGGUCGGCCAAGCGCGCGUGGGCGCCGCUGACCGACAGCUGCGAUCGCUCCAUGGACGCCCUACGCGUCUUCUCGUCCGACCUCGCGACUGAGUUUAUUGCACCACUCGAGACGCUCCUUACGCACGAUCUCGGCCGCGACGCAGCAGCUUCGCGCGAGCGCCUCAACGCCGCGUUCUAUGCGUACUGGGCCAUGGCGCACGAGGCCACCUCCGACGCGGUGGGCGACGACGCGCGUCUCGAGGCGGCGCGGCAUGUCUUUGAGUCGGCGCGUCUCUCGACGGUGCGGCAUGUCAACGAGGCGUUCUUGCGUGCGCUUUGUGUCGUCGAGCGCACCGGCUGCGCCAUGGCCCACGAUGCGAAUGCUGUCGUCGGGCGAAGACGCCAUUUGGAAGUCCACUGCGCUGCGCUUGAGGCGUGCGACAUCGUCGAUAUCUGGGCGGGCGCUCCUCGCGGGUACCUCUUUCAUGUCGAGGACGGAACGUCGGCUCGCACGCGCCGCUGGUUUUACCUCGAGAACGGAACGUCGACGCUCAUGUCCCUCCAGGCGGACCGGCGCACCCCCGAGGUCAUUGCACACCUCUCGCAAUGCACCGUGUCAAGAAACGACUCGAUGCGCUAUGGCAUCUGCCUCACAUGGCCGAGCAACCGCGUGCUAUUGCAAGCCGACACGGCGCGUCUCCAUGCUCUCUGGCUCGAGGCGCUGACGGCCACGAAGACACUUGCAUCCACCCAAGACGACCUCCAGGAUGAGGACGACGACGAGAACAACAGCAACCAUGAAGCGACAACGCGUCCAACGUUGGAAGAGACGCCGCGCACGUUGCUGACGCCCAUUGCGUUCUUCGGCGCGCCCGCCUCGGCGUUUGCCGUCAUGGCCCGUAGCACGCUGCCGAUCUCGGUGCAAACGUACUUUGAGCGCUUCGUCAGCGACGAGCACUUUACGCGCGCGUUUCUCGCGCAGCGCGGUGCGACGGACGUGGCGCUUUCGCAUUGGACUGUCCGCUCCGACGGCGCGUACGGGCGGUCGCGACGCAUUCAACUGCCCGUCGAGACAGCGCUCUCGACAGGCUCGACGCGCGUGCACGCGUGCGAGGUCUACCACCGCCGGUCAUGUGACCACCUCGAGGUCCUCGCCAAAGACGAAAGCCUCGAUGUUCCGUACGGCUCGUACUUUGUCGUCGAGUCGCGGACGACGGUCGUUGGGAGCAUGGGGUCGAGUACGACGUGCGCAGUCGAGAUGGCCAUGGCCGUGUACUUUACAAAGAGCACAAUGUUUCAACGCAUGAUCGAGAAGGCGUGCGCAGCCGAGACCAAGGCGUCGUGCGAAGCGAUGCUAGCAGCCAUGCGCACCGCCAUCGACAAAGCGCUCUAAUAUACACUGUGCAACCGUGAGCAAUGCAGCAGUCUGUCCCAUCGAACGCGUUCGAACACUGGACCCAAGCUCGCUUCCAUUCCGC